UGCUUUCCCCAAAAGCGGAUAACGUACCUCUGCGGCAGGCGACGACGAAGCUAGGAGCUGCCUGGGGGAGUUGCUGAGGUAGCUGGGUGGGAGCUCGACCAUCAACCACAAACACCGCCUUACCACACUGCAACUUGACGACCAGACCACAACCACUUUCUCUACCACCUUGAUAUAAAAUCGAACCGUCAGGGUUGAUCAUAGAGACUUGAACUGCACCUCGGAUCAGACAAACAGCACAGUCGAACAGGCCGCCACCAUGUUCAGGAACAACUACGACAACGACUCGGUCACAUUCUCCCCACAGGGGCGGAUAUUCCAGGUCGAGUAUGCAGCCGAAGCAGUUAAGCAGGGUUCAGUCGUAGUAGGAAUCGCCAGCAAAACACACGCCGUCCUCGUAGCGAUCAAGCGCAACGCAGAAGAACUCUCCUCGUACCAAAAGAAACUCUUCCCCAUCGACGAGCACGUCGGCAUCGCCAUCGCCGGCCUCACCUCGGACGCCCGCGUCCUCUCCAACUUUAUGAAGCAGCAAUGCCUCGGCCACCGCCUCACCUACUCCCGCAACAUGCCCAUCCGCUCCCUCGUCGACAUGAUCGGCUCCAAAGCCCAGAUCAACACGCAGCACUACGGAAAGCGCCCCUACGGCGUUGGUCUCCUCGUCGCCGGCGUGGACGAUUCCGGCCCUCACCUCUUCGAAUUUCAACCGUCGGGCAUGACGGAGGAGAUGAUUGCCUUUGCCAUUGGUGCCAGGUCCCAGAUGGCGAGGACGUAUCUCGAGAGAAACCUGGACAAGUUCAAGACCAGCACACGGGAGGAGCUGAUUGAGCAUGGGUUGAGGGCGCUGAAGGAGAGUUUGGUGCAGGAUAGAGAGCUGACGGUGGAGAAUACCAGUGUGGGUGUGGUGGGCUAUGUCAAGGAGACGAAGAAGACGGAGCCGUUUCAGGUGUUUGAUGGGCACGAGGUGCAGAGGUAUUUGGAGCUGGUGGCGGAUGAUAAGAAGGAGGGGGGGCCUCAGGCGGCGACGGUGGAGGAUGAGAGCACGGCGAUGGAUGUUGAUGCGUAGAGAGCAAUAACGGCCGAGUUAUUGUAUGGAGGAAUCCUGGCGCACUGAGGGAGGUCAGUCCGGAGUUCUUUGCUCGGUUGUUGGUACAGAUGCAAAUACAGUUGUUGCAGUUGAUUGCGCAGAUGGAAAUUGAUGACCCUUUGUGGGUCGGGCUUUGUGAUUAUUAUGCAGGCCCAGCGCUUUGGAAGAGAUAGAGAAAGCACUUCUGAGCAUGAAAAGCUACAUCAGAGUCUGAGAUGGGCCACUGAUUUCGCCUGAGCGAAAGGAGUCUUGAUUUAUGAUAUUUUUGUUUUUUGGCCAUUCCAUCUAGUUUCUCCGUCCA